AUGAGUCGGAUUCACAGCCAGCCGGCGCCAGUGUCUUCGCCGCCAGUUGCUGCGCUGCAUGCCGCUGGGGGCCCCAGCGGCCUCGGCCCAUCGACAGUGUCACCAGCUUCGGAAGCUGCCAACUACCCGCAACCGCUUGCGCCUGCGAGACUGAAGCCUGCGAGCGUUGAGACAUUGGCGACGCCGGUGUCAUUCGUGCAGCUCGUCCAACAACCGGGGGGUAUCCAGGUCGACCAAUCGGGCACUGUCCGUGUGGUGGCCCUGGAGGCAGCAGGGGCCCCAGGACAGCACACGGCGCCGACACACCAACAGCAGCAGCAGGCAGCGGCUGGUUAUGGGCCUUUGCACACGCAGUUGCCGGUGCCUGAGACGCAUCCAAUACAGGUGCCUCGCUACGGCAGCACGAGCGCGCCGUCAAUGGGGCCGCCGUCAGUUCCGCUCCACGUGGCCAGAGAGGCGCCUGCAGUGCCACCGCAACAUUCGUAUGAGCCGCAGUCGUACCAGCCACCGGCAGGCAUUACCGUUGGCGGUGGCGGGACGGCGAUGUGGGAGGAUCACACAGUGUCCCGCGACGCUGCAGCUUUUACUCACCCGCAUGGCCCCCUGGCAGACGUUGUUGACGGGCGCAUCUGCAUCGUAGCAACACAACGUCAGCAGCAGCCGCAACCUUUGCCUCAGCUGACCUUGAAGCAGGAUGUAGGCUACCUGUACGAGGAGGGCGUGGUAGGCCGCUAUCCUGGCGGCGUCGGCCUUGGAGAAAGGCUUGGCAGCCGUGGCGUACCGAAGGAGCUUGAUGGCGUGACGGCUGACAGCUACGCUCUUAGUCCGGUUCUACGGACUGGGCUCCUUGACAGGCUCGGGUCUAGGACCGACACGGCUGUGUCAGAUGUCCACGGAAUGCAGCUGGCGAGCGAAGGUGUGCGGGCUGCAUACGGGCCGUCCCAGCCUGUGGGCCCGCCGGCCCCCGAUGAGCCGCCCUUGCCGCUGGCUGACGCCAUAAAGCGCGCUGAAGCGUUGAAGGCUGCCGUGGCCGCUACUCGGUUGGAUGGUGAGCUGAUGACCGGUAUGCAGAAGCAGCUGGCGCAGACUUGCGAGAAGCGGAUUCAGGAAUUGUCGCUGGCGUUGAAGGCCGCCGCAGUGGAGGCGGCGGCGGCAAGGGCCAAGGCGGAUGCUGCCGCUGCUGCGGUCGAGAAGGCUGAGUCGGAUAGCGCGGGUGUAGCUGAGGCCGGCACAAAAGAUGAUAUGGGUGACAUGCGGGCAGGGUACUACGCUUUCGUUCUUGACCGGUCUAUUCGGGCCGUGUGGCCGCUGGAAACGCCUGAGCAUCAGCUUUUUCGCGCGGCCGCAGAGGUGCUGCUGUUGGCGACGGAGGGGGGCCGGUGCGUCCCCGUCAACAACGAGGAGGUGCAACUGCGGGCGUAUGAACUGGUGGGUGCAACGCUGUGCAACGUCCCCUCAGUGCUGGAAAAGGCGUUGGAAAUUAAAGCAGCCGGCGGAGCCAGUACGAUGACGUUGCUUCGGCAGGAGGUUGACUACUUUGAGGUGAAGGAGCAUACGCACUGGCAGGCCCCCAGGAGCAUACAGUGGCUGGUGCGACUGCGCAUAGAGAAGCUCCCCUCUUACCGCGACAUGUGUCUCUUGUUCCGCACAGCGAUUGACUUGCUGCUGCCGGCCAAGCUAGAGAAGCAGCAGCAACAGCAACGAUCUGGCACCGCACGCGCUGCUGGCGGCUCGGCCGCUAUGGGCCGCGGCGGUGGCGCAAGUCUGGAGCUCAUGGGUAGGGAACCGGAGGGUGCGGAGGAGCGGUUAGUGCUCCGACAUGUUGCCCUGCACCUUCUUGGAUGCAAGGAAAAGGAGAUCGGGCUAUUCACUGACACGAUUGAGGCGGCAGUUGAAGCGCUACCGGCGCAACUGGGCAAGCAUUACGGCAAGGCGCGGCUGCAGGAUUUGAAGCAGCUGCUCAAGGUGCACCCGUUCUUUUGGGUAUCCCCCAAAUCGAUGUACGGCGCGGAUGGUUUAACCUGCGAGACAUAUGAGUGCGUGGCGCUACACACGCAGACACUGCUGGAGUUUCAGUACCGUGCCAAACUGAUGCUGGAACAGGAACAGCAGUCGUUGCACCCGUCGAAGAAGAGGAAGCUGUUCACGGGUAGCAGCGACGUGGUCGCCGGCGGCGCACUGGAGGAGUGGUGGACGGAUCUGCGCGGCAGGCGGUUGAAGCAGCGAACUGACUGA